AUGAAGUUUUCCUCGUCGCUCCUCGCGGCGUCGCAGGUCGUCCUGUCCCCGGCCGCCGCCGCCGCCUACAACCCGGUCACCCUCAAGGACUACGGCACCUUCGCCGGCACCGUCGUCAACUCGACCUUCAGCGGCCGCGCGCUCCCCGCGCCCGUCGACGCCUGGCUCGGCAUGGACUACGCGACGCAGCCCGCCGGGCCCGAGAGCCGCUUCAAGCCCGUCUCCUGGCCCGCCGCCUUCAACGGCACCAAGCAGGCCACCGCCUUCGGCAAGACGUGCGUCCAGGACCCGACCUCCACCGACGUGAGCACCCAGGACGAGGCCUGCCUCAACUUCAACGUCUUCCGCACCCGCGGUGUCCCGUUGGACCAGAAGACUCCCGUCCUCGUCUGGAUCCACGGCGGCGCCUUCGUGGCCGGCAGCUACAAGUCCUUCGACGGCGCCGCCUUCGCCGCGUCCUCCAAGGAACCCAUCACCGUCGUCAACUUCCACUACCGCCUCAACUCCCUCGGCUUCCUGCCGUCGGCCCUCUUCGAGGAGGAGGGCCUGCUGAACCUCGGCGUGCUCGACCAGCGCCUGUUCCUGCAGUUCGUGCAGAAGCACAUCUCCGCCUUCGGCGGCGACCCCGAGGCCGUCACCAUCGGCGGCCGCUCCGCCGGAGGGCACUCCGUCGGCAUCCACUACUUCCACAAUUACGACGCCGACGCCGGCAAGCCGCUCUUCGCCCGCGCCAUCCACCAGUCCGGCUCCGUCACCGCCCGCGCGUUCCCCAACGCCACCUACCCCCUCUACGUCAAGCAGUUCGAGACCUACAUGGCCUACCUCGGCUGCCCGACGGACGGCGCCGACAACGCCGCCGCCCUGUCCUGCCUGCGCGCCGCCGACAUCGACGCCAUCCGCAACAUCAGCACCCAGCUGUACAACGACUACGACCCGGCGCUCACCUGGCCCUUCCAGCCGACGCAGGGCGGGCCCCUCCUCGAGAAGUUCGGCUCGCAGUCCGGCUACGAUGGCACCUUCUUCCACGUCCCGACCAUCACCUCCAACGUCAACGACGAGGCAAAGUACUACAUGGCCGGCGACAAGGAGACGAACGAGGAGUUCGUCGACUACAUGCACAACACGUCACCCGCGCUCAACGAGACCGACCUCGCGCUGCUGCAGGAGCUCUACCCGGACCCGGCCACGCACCCCGACUCGCCCUUCGCCAACUCGCCCAACAGUACGCAGUACAACCGCCUCUCGGCCGCGUGGAGCGACUACGCGUACAUCUGCCCCGGCCAGGAGACGGCGUACCGCGCAUCGCUCGCCGACGUGCCGACCUGGAAGCUGCGCUUCAACACGAACAACUCGUGGCCCGCGUGGCGCGGCAUCCCGCACACGGCGGAUACGAAGUACACCUGGGACGAGCCCGUCGUGCAGUACCCCGAGAUCAGCCACGUCUACCACGGCUACCUGUCCAGCUUCGUGCUGUCGGGCGACCCGAACACGCACAGGUACCCUGGUAGUCCGGAGUGGCCCAGCUACAAGCCCACCGGGUACGGUCUGGAGUCGGAGCCGGCGCUGCAGCUUGUUGUUGAGCCGAACAACGGCACGAGGGUCGAGGAGGAUGUUAUUCGCAGGGAGGCGUGUCUUUACUGGAGAGAGCCGGAGAGGGCUCCCCGGUUGAACAAGUAG